AUGGAAACAUUAAUUGAGUAAAAAAAUUGCCUAUCACAAUAUCAGGAAUUAGUCAUCUGCAUUAAACAAAUAGCAUCAUAAUCUAAUCCCAGUAAAAGACCUUCAUAUACAACAAUAUGUUAAGUAAUUUAAAAAAUAUCCUUAGCCAUAAUUUUAGAAAUUAGGUUUAUGUGUAAUGAAGGAAGAGAAAUGA